AUGAAAAUUUCAAAUUUAGUUUGUUUAUUUGUUAUUUUUAGUUUAUUUAUCAAUUAUAGUUUUUCGUUAGAAUCAACUAUUUCCAUUGAAGGCUCUGAUGAUGCAUUAGUUUGCGAAGCAUGCACCUUAGUUUUAGAAUUUUCAGAAAAAUAUUUAGCAGAAAAUAAAACUGAAGAAGAAGUUGUUAAAGGUUUAGAUGAUUUCUGUAAAAUUUUAAAUAGUGAAUCUUGUGAUUUGAUUGUUAAUAAUUAUGCUUCUUUAAUUGUCAAACUUUUAAUUAAUAAUGAACAACCAAGUGCUAUUUGUACAAUGUUAGAGUUAUGUCCAAAAUCUAAUACAAUUAAAAUACCAAUUACUAAUAACGAUCCAGUUAGUUGUACAAUUUGUAAAUAUGUAACAGAAAAAGUUGAAAGUUUCUUUGUAUCAAAUACAACUGAAUCAGAAAUUAUUUCAUUUUUAUCAAAUGAAUGUAAUGCACUUUCAUCUGAUAAUUGGGUCAUAACCUGUCAAAAUCUUGUAGAAACUUAUAUUCCAAUUCUUUUAACAACUUUAGAAAAUAAAGAAACCCCAGCUGUUUUAUGCGGUCAACUUAAUUUCUGCGAAUCAUCAUCAUCAUCAUCAGCUCAAGAAGAAAUCUUUUUAAAUGUAGAUAGUGAGGUCGAAUGCCCACUUUGCACUUAUGUUGCCAGCUAUGCAGAACAACUUAUUGCCUCAAAUAAAACUGAAGAAGAAAUUGUUGGUUUCCUUCAAAAUGAAUGUGGUAAACUUAUGAAGAAAUUCUCAACUGAAUGUUCAGCUAUGGUUGCUGAUUAUAUUCCAGAUAUUAUCACAAUGAUUAAUAACAACUUUACACCAGCUCAAAUUUGUCAAAAAAUUGGUUUAUGCCCAGCCCCAACCAACUCACCACAAGCUGUUCCAUUACCACAAGUAGAUAGCGAAGUCGAAUGUCCACUUUGUACCUACGUUGCCAGCUAUGCAGAACAACUUAUUGCCUCAAAUAAAACUGAAGAAGAAAUUGUUGGUUUCCUUCAAAAUGAAUGUGGUAAACUUAUGAAGAAAUUCUCAACUGAAUGUUCAGAUAUGGUUGCUGAUUAUAUUCCAGAUAUUAUCACAAUGAUUAAUAACAACUUUACACCAUCCCAAAUUUGUCAAAAAAUUGGUUUAUGCCCAGCUCCAACCAACUCACCACAAGCUCUUCCAUUACCAAGUUUUGAUCUCAAUACUGAUAUUGAAUGCCCACUUUGCACUUAUGUUGCAAGUUAUGCAGAGCAACUAUUCGAAUCAAAUAAAACCGAAACCGAAAUUAUUUCAUUUAUUCAAAAGGAAUGCACUAAACUCCCAGCUAAAUAUUCCGAUAUGUGUGUAGCUAUGGCCCGUAAUUAUAUUCCAGAAAUCGUUACUAUGCUUGAAAAUAAUUGGACUCCAGCUCAAAUUUGUCAAAAAUUCAAAUUAUGUGUUGCCCCAUCCAAUCAAGUUAACGAUUUACAAGAUGAUUGCCAAGUUUGUGUAGUUUUAGGUAAUUAUGCAAUUCAAAUGAAUUAUAAAAAUGCUACAAGCACCGAAAUCUAUAAUAACCUUAUAGCAAUGUGCAAAGGUUUACCAAAGAAUUGGAAUUAUCCAUGUUUCGAAGUUAUGAAUCAAAGAGGUCAUCAAUUAGUCGAUGAUAUCAUUAAAGGUUAUUCAUCUGGCAGCACUUGUUCAAAUAUUGGUUGUUGUGGUGGUUCAUCAAAUUCAGGUAGCUCAUCAGGUUAUUCAUCAGGUUUUUCAUCAGGUGGUUUUUCAGGAAGCUCAGGUUUAAUGAAAUUCAAUUAA